AUGACUACUAAAAUUCUCUCAAUUGGACUCGGUGGAGUUGGAGUCAUUGUUUCGUAUGGAUUAGAAAAAUUUAAUGAAAACGUUGAAAUCACUGCAGUCAUCAGAUCUGAUUAUGACACUGUAAUGUCCAAAGGUUAUACGAUUUCAUCAUGUGAUUACGGUGGGAGAUCGCCCAAUGGAGAACUGGAAGUGGAACUGGAAAAUAUUCAUGGAUAUAAACCUUCCCAUGUGGUUAAAACAUUACAAGAGGCAAGUGAAAGAGGACCAUUUGAUUUCAUUGUAGUUUCCACCAAGGUGAUUCCCACCAAUGAUAAUGUAUGGGAUCAUAUAAUUUCAUUACAGAAAUCACUUUUAAAACCUACAUCAAAUCGUGAUGAUCAAACUGCAAUUGUAUUAAUUCAAAAUGGUAUUGAUAUUGAAAAAUACUGGGCACCCGUGCGCGACCACGUGACCCUCAUUAGUGGAGUUACAUAUAUUUCAUCAACAAAUGUAAAGGGGAAAAUAUCUCAAUAUAAUCAUGACACAAAUCAAUUUGGAUUAUUUGAUCCAUCCCAGGGGCUGCAGAAGCUUCUAGAACAAUUUAUUUCGCUUUAUGAAAAUAAACAUAAUACCACCAAAUUGGAUUCAAAUACAAGAUUAACAAGAUGGAAGAAAUUAUUAUGGAAUGCCCUGUUCAAUACAGUUUGUUGCUUGACAGAUCUAGACGUUGGUCAUGUAUUCUUACUGAAGGGGAAUAUUAAUGUUAUUAAACCAAUUAUGAAAGAAAUUAAAUAUGUUGCAAAUUUUGAUUUAAAUGGUUACCCCGAGGCACGUGACGACACGCACGUGCACAUCACCGAUAAAGAUAUUGAUACAACUUUAAAGGGUACUGAAGAUUUUGAUGCAGCUACAUUUUAUCAACCAUCAAUGUUGGUUGAUUAUAGACAAGGGAGACAGAUUGAACUUGAAGUUAUCUUGGGGAAUAUUGUCAAUACAUAUGCUGCCAAUGGAGGUGAUAAGACCAAAAUUCCUCAAUUGAAUUUAUUGUAUGGCUUGUUGAGUAUGGUUCUGUAUAGAAUUGAUGAGAGUAGAAAGAAGUAG